AAUUGGUACUUGGAUGUAUUAUGCUGAAUCCUAAAUUUGUGGUUGCCAUAAGACUUGUAUCGAUUAUCAAGCAACAAGUUGUCAAGUUUGGCCUACAAGCUAAAUUUUAAUACUAGGGAAUGGUUCUCUGAUAUAAACUAAUACUAGACAAGGCCACCUGAAUACCCACAUGGUUUUUCUUCCAAAGACUUGAAUCAAGGCAGUCAACAUCGACGUGAUAUGUCCUCAGCUUGAAGCUAUAAAUCUUGCUCAUCUUUCCAUUCUCAUUCUCAACCAAGCACUUCUUAAUUCCUCAUCAUCACAGUUCAAUCCAAGUCCUAAAUUCCAAAAAACAAAACAGAAAACUUAACUUAUUAAAUCAGACAACAACCCACAAAAUGAUCAGUACAAAUAAGCUGAUUAAAAUGGCAAGGAAGUGGCAAAAACUAGCAGCUGCGAGCAGAAGAAGAAUUGCCUGGUCAAAAACAGUUGCUGAAAAGGGACACUUUAUAGUUUACACAAGUGAUAAAAGACAGUUUAUGAUCCCUUUGGCAUACCUCAAUAGUGAAAUUUUCACAGAGUUGCUUAGAAUGGCAGAAGAAGAGUUUGGAGUAGCAGCUGCAGGGCCUAUUACACUGCCUUGUGAUUCACGUUUUAUGGAGUAUGCAAUGUCUAUGAUUCAAAGACACGUAACCGAGGAAUUGCAGAAAGCACUGAUCAUGUCCUUAGCUACGUGCAGUUAUUCAGCAUUCUCAAAUGACCUUCAACAACAAAAUUCUCAGCAAAUGUUAAUCAGUAGCUUUUAGAAACUAACCUAGGUGUUUUGUAGACCUACAAUUUCUCAAUUAACUUUAAAUAAAAUUAAUCCUUAGAAAAUUCUUUUUCGCCCACAAUUAUAAAAGACAAAGACUUUUCAAAAAAAAAAAUAAAAUUCAUGGAUUAUAAUAUAGAGAAUUAAGAAAAAAUCAAUGAUAACCCUUGACCUGUUGGGUAAAAAUCGAUCAUCCCAAUAAACCGUUAAAACAGAUGUACUUAAUUUUGUUGAUCAACAUGAUCACAAGAUGGUUAAUCACAAGCUGCACUCACAGAAAUGGUUACCUGAUAUAUUAUAGUGAAUAAAGUAACAUCCAUCUUUUAUUAUGCUGAAUUCUAAUUUAUGUGGUUGCCAUAAAAACUUGAAUCAAUUAUCAAUUAACAAGUUGUCAAGUUUGGCCUACAAGUUUUGAUAUCUAUGAAAAUGAUAAUUUGAU